AUGGGUAUUCCUGGGCUCAUCAAUGCAAUUGGCCCAGGAGAGCGUAUCUCUCUGGCCAAGUUGGCAGUGACGCACCUCGAGCGGACAGCAAGACCGAUUCGCAUUGCAGUCGACAUUUCGAUCUGGCUCUUUCAAGUCCAAGCGGGUAGGGGCGGAAGAAACCCAGAGCUACGCACACUAUUUUAUCGAUUAUUGAAGUUACUUGCAUUGCCAGUUCACCCCCUUUUUGUCUAUGAUGGACGGCAAAAACCUGCUUUUAAGAGAGGCAAAGCAGUCUCAUCUCGCAGUUAUGGCAGUGCGCCGAUCAUCAAGCGUUCCAAGGACCUCAUCGAACGAUUCAGGUUUCCGUGGCAUGAGGCACCCGGCGAGGCAGAAGCCGAAUGUGCACGGUUACAGCAGGCAGGUAUUGUAGACGCUGUCAUGAGCAACGAUGUCGACGCAUUGAUGUUCGGAUCGUCUUUAACUAUUAUGAACUUCUCAAAAGAGAGCGGAAGCGGCAGCUCUUCAGCAACUCAUGUUACAUGCUAUGCAAUGGGACAGGAUGGACAUCCAUCCAAUAUACCCCUUGACCGACCGGGAAUGAUCCUAUUCGCUAUGCUCAGUGGAGGGGACUAUUUACCAUCUGGUGUUCCGAAAUGCGGCAGCAAGCUCGCUGCAGAGAUUGCCAAGGCUGGAUUUGGCGAGGAUCUUCUGCAGGAGCUUGCGUCGCAAGCAGACGUGGAUGCAGGGUUGAACGAGUGGAGAGAAAGACUCCAAUAUGAACUUGAGGAGAACGAGAGUGGAUACUUUACGAGGAAACACCCAGCAGUUCGAAUUCCAGACGCUUUUCCGGACCGACAAAUUCUCGAGUACUACGCCCAGCCCAAAGUUUCCGGUGAUGAAGAAAUGGCACUUCUGAAAACCCGUCUCGUACAGGCUUGGGACAAAGAUAUCGACCCCCUGGCAAUCCGAACAUUUGCCGCAGACCAUUUUGAAUGGAAUUAUCGAUCGGGGGCAAGGAAAUUGAUCAGACUGCUGGCUGAGCCUCUUGUCUCGUACAGACUCCGUCUCCAGAGACCAGUUCUAGGCGUGUCGCCUGGUUUCUCAUUUGUGCCCGAUUGCCCACCUGGUCUGCAAAAGGUGUAUCGAACCCGAUCAAGCUUCGGCACUGAUGCAGUGCCAGAACUUCAGCUAGAUAUGCUACCGGCAGAUAUUGUUGGGCUGGAUCUCCUUGCCGAGGAACCAAACCCGCCGUCCGAAAUUAGUGUACAGGAAGCUGAGGAAGAGGACGACCCAGAGGUAGUUGCUGGAUCACCACCUCCGACACCAUCGAAGUCUCGGAUUACAAAACAAUUUGAUCCGUUCUCCCUCGAAAAGGUCUGGAUAUUCGAGACUGUCCCGAAGAAGCUGCGGCGAAAAAAGAAGACCGGUACUCGGCGCACCGGUCCCAAGAAAAAGGGACCAAUUGAUGCUGGAAUGAAACGGGGGAGUAUCCUGAAAUACGGAACACUCACGAAAGAAAGGUCCGAACUGUCAACAACUAAACAAACACACUUGUUGAAAGCCGCUACAUCGGCUCAGAAUCCUCUUUCCCGACUUGUGGCCAAUUCUGGGUCUUCUUCGCCAACAAUUGUGGACCAGGAAGACGAUAUAUUCUCCUCUCCGAGCAUGUAUAUUCAGCAGAGGUCUUCACUGACGAUGCACUACGUUUCUCGGGAAGUCGAUGGUCUCCUUGAUACAUUCUCUUCAAUGUGUAACCUGUCUCCUUCUGCCAAUAUCAAGCGUCACCCCAUAUCGGACCAGUCUCGCAUUAGAUCAAGGCGCACAGCUUUGGGAACUGGUCAGGUUGAUAUUGAAGAAUCUGACGCACUAGACAUGAACACCGAUUAUUCUCCGUCUCGCCCGACACGACGCAUGGGACUCAAAAUUAGCUACUCGGUCUCCGACGUUUGUGAAUCUGAAACUUUCAUGGAGGACUUUCCAGCCAGAGCACUCUUGGAACUGCCUUCUCUGUCCGGGAAGACUUUAUCUAAGACCAAGAAGAUUCCCAAGGUGCAGUGUGAAGAAAAGGCCAGGGUUGAACACAUCGAAAAAGCCAUCGAGUCCCUUUCUCUGUCAUCGAAAAUCGACGAGGAAAACACCGCAACUCGCUCGUUGCGUCAACCGCCAACGAAGAAGGCACCACAAGCACCAAAAGUUCGGACUCGUUCCUCUGAAGUCGAAGAUAUCAAACCACCCCGAUCUUGCAGCCAAGCAAAUCCCAAGCCCGAACUCGAGCCCGAGCAUACAUUACCAUUGAACUUGAAGACAUGCGAAAACAAUGAGAUUAACGAGGUAAAUCGGUCUCCCAAGAAAUCUUCAAAGGGGACGAGCACAACGCCGAAGCAUAAGACCAUAGGGCACUUGGAAAACAUUAUAUUGCACGACGGCUUUUGGUCGAUCGACCCGUCUCGGCAUGAACAAGAUCCGUGCGAAGGCUCAGCUACCGAUAGCCUGAGCACAGCGCGCAGACAGACUCAGCCUGCCAAAAAGAAAAGAAUCCCACGCGUCAGUAUUCUUGACCUCGUUUGA